AUGACACAAAGACACACAGGGAACAUCGAACAAUUCAUCUUUCUUCACCCUCCCUUAUACCUAGUCUUUUUUCACCCUCCCUUAUACCUAGUCUUUUCUCACCCUCUCUUAUACCUAGUAUUUUCUCACCCUCCCUUAUACAUAGUCUUUCCUCACCCUCCCUUAUACCUAGUCUUUUCUCACCCUCCCUUAUACCUAGUAUUUUCUCACCCUCCCUUAUACAUAGUCUUUCCUCACCCUCCCUUAUACCUAGUCUUUCUCACCUCCCUUAUACCUAGUAUUUUCUCACCCUCCCUUAUACAUAGUCUUUCCUCACCCUCCCUUAUACCUAGUCUUUCUUCAGCCUCCCUUAUACCUAGUCUUUCCUCACCUUCCCUUAUACCUAGUCUUUUCUCACCUUCCCUUAUACCAAGUCUUUCUUCACCCUCCCUUAUACCUAGUCUUUUCUCACCCUCUCUUAUACCUAGUAUUUUCUCACUCUCCCUUAUACCUAGUCUUUUCUCACCCUCCCUUAUACCUAGUCUUUUUUCACCCUCUCUUAUAUCUAGUCUUUUCUCACCCUCCCUUAUACCUAGUCUUUCCUCACCCUCCCUUAUACCUAGUCUUUCUUCUCCCUCCCUUAUACCUAGUCUUUUCUCUCAGUUUCACUUUCUGUAA